AUUUAAACAUGAAGAGAGAUUCAAUUGAUCUAAAAGGCACAGUAUCCAUUGAACGUGGAACUCACUGGCUCACACUCACCGGAUAAAUCUGGCACCUGAGUGCUCUCGGAUAUGAAUUCGUUGGUCAAGUAGCAUUACUCGCAGUACAGGUUAAAAGAGAGAAGCAGGAGACGAAAAAGAGUGCAAUGAACAUGAUGGUGUCUAGUUUUGGGUUCCAAAACCACCACCCUCAACCCACACGCUACGGGAAGCAAAAAUCUUGUGUGCUCCUCAUCCACCAACCAAACAAAUUUGCAGAAGAAAAUUUUAACACCACCUUUGCACGUGUAUUUCACACCAAACCAGAAAUCUUUAUUAUUUUCUCUUUCCUCCCUCUUUUACACUCCAUAACGUCUUCCAGAAGCAUACCUCAUUCACCCUCGCCAACCCUUCACGAAACCAACGUGCUCUCCCCCCCUUCAUAUCAUAACUUACCAUCUUCCUCGUAAUUUAUCUUUCUUUCUUUCUUUACCAUUUUCUUGUUGCAUUUAGUACGCCAUUGAGAUAUGGAUGAGCAUCAAGGUGAUGACAACUCUGGCAUGCCACCACCCGAGGGUACCCCACGUGGUGGCAUGGGUAAACGCGUUGCACCCCCUGUCUCAUCAGCUACUACUGCACCGUGUGGAGCAUGCAAGUUCUUGCGGAGGAAAUGCAUCAGUGGUUGUAUAUUUGCGCCUUACUUUGGAUCAGAUCAAGGUGCAGCUCGCUUUGCUGCUGUACACAAGGUUUUUGGCGCUAGUAAUGUUUCCAAGCUGUUAUUGCAUAUACCUUUGAAUCAGCGACAUGAUGCAGUCAUUACCAUAUCAUAUGAAGCUCAAGCAAGGUUAUCUGAUCCAAUAUAUGGAUGUGUUUCUACCAUACUUGCUUUGCAACGACAGGUGGCAUCGUUGCAAGCGGAACUCUCCAUGGUGCAGUCACAGCUUCUCAGUAGUAGGCUGGCAGUUGCAAAUGCACUUCAAAGUUCUCAGCAGCAACAGCAGGUUGCAGUGUUGCAGCCAGCCUAUUCCAACAACUCAUCUGCCUCCAACAACCUAGUUAACUUGACUAGUACCUUUCCAUCAGACUUCGAUCUCACUGGUGAAACAGUUCCCUCAGGGAGCUUGAUCAACAAGACAUUCCAGCAGUCUGUGCCGCCAAUUCAAGAUGAGGAGGAGGAUGAAGAAGAGAGCAGGCAUCCUGUCAUUUUCACAAACCAGAUACUAAACAGGAAGUAGAUAAGAGCAAGUUAUGUUA